ACCAAUCAGCGUUCGCGUCUCACGGCGGAGAAGGGAGUUUGCCCACUAUUUGCACGAUAUCGUGUAUAUAAUAUAGACGGUCCGACUCCCGGCUUGCAGAAAUGGCGUCGUUUUCAAACGUGUCAAAGUUUUGUCUCCUCGCUUUGACAGCAUUGACAACAGUUUUGUCUGCAAGUGGAGCAGGAAAGCAUACAGAUGUUACGUAUAAGGAUAUUACAUUCAUUGUGAUAUCCCAGCCUAAUACAUACCAUGCCAACAGGGCGCAACUCUUAAAGGAGGACUUUGAAAAACAAGUCAAGCAAUUAAACUUAAAGGGGGAUGAUCGUCCAGCAUUGUAUCUUCUACAUGAGACAGAGGGCCUGCCCGAACUAGGAGCAUGGACCUUAUUUCCUGUAUUUUCAGUGUUUUCAAAUGUUUUCCCAAGUACUCCAUGGGUGUUUUUCUGUGAGGAAGAAACCAGGAUAAAGCUACCUAAACUGUUGAAUGUUUUGAAAAGUUUCGACUCCUCAAAGGAUGUAUUCCUUGGGAGAGGGUUACAUGACUCACACAUAAGUAUUAUCCAUCACUUCUAUGGCUUUGAGGACCCAGAAGCCUUCGCAUUCCCUGAUUUAAGGGCUGGCUUUCUUAUCAGUCGUCCACUGGUAAACAGGUUAGCAGAAAUGAUGAUAGAUCUAUCAGCAGCUGAUUUGAAUUCAGUUGACUUCAACAUUGACCCAAAACAUGAGUUUGCUCGGUACUUGUCAGAGAAACUAGCUACAAACUUGACAGAACUGACAGAAUUCUGCGUGCUUGACUCAGAAGAUUGUGCAACAUACGACAACUUGAGGUUUCCUCAGUGUGGUGCUGCUAUUCCUGAUGAUGAUCUCAGUAUUGCUGUGAAAACCUGUGGCAAAUUCCAUGCAGACAGAGUUCCUGUUGUUAAGAAGACAUGGGACCGGGAGAGCCGCAACAUCGAGUACUUCAGUGACGUAGAUGAUCCCAGCAUACCUACCAUCACCCUCGGCAUCCCCAAUACUGAGAGAGGCCACUGUGGGAAGACCAUGGCCAUCAUCAGGAGAGCUGCUGAGAGGAAGGAGUUUGCUGGCAAGAAGUGGCUGCUGAUAGCAGAUGACGACACCAUUAUCAGUUUGCAUAGACUGCGGCUGAUGUUGGCCUGCUAUGAUGCCAGUGAACAGAUAGCUCUUGGGGAACGGUACGGCUACAUGUCGGCCAGAGGUUACGGCUACGACUACAUCACAGGAGGAGGGGGGAUGCUGUUCAGCUGGCCAUUGUUGGAGCGGCUUGCUAAGGAGUGUAGCUGCCCAUCUGAUGACGCUCCGGAUGAUAUGAUCCUUGGCAUGUGCCUCAAGAGGAUAGACGUAACAAUAACUCACUCACCCUACAUACACCAGGCUCGUAAGGAGGACUACAGUGAGGACUUUGUCAAGCAUCGGACUCAUGUGUCGUUUCACAAACACUGGGAUUGUGAUCCCCUGGAGACAUACAAGUUCCUGCAGACAGACGUCCCCUCACAACAUGAUGAACUAUAAGGGCUACAAGUAAUGUGAGGGGUUGUUGUCAACUGAAGGGGUGGACUGAAGGGGCUGUUUUUAACUAAAGGGGUUGUUAACUAAAGGGGUUGAUGUCAAGUGAAGGGGUUGUUGUUACCUGAAGGGAUUGUCGUUAACUGAGGGGAUAGUUUUUACCUGGGGGGAUGGUUGUUACCUAAAGGGAUUGUUGUUAACUGAAAGGAUUUAUGUUAACUGAAGGGAUUGUUCUUACCUGAAGGGGUUGUUGUUAACUGAAGGGAUUGCUGUUAACUGAGGGGAUAGUUGUUACCCGAGGGGAUGGUUGUUACCUAAAGGGAUUGUUGUUAACUGAAAGGAUUUAUAUUAACUGAAGGCAUUGUUCUUACCUGAAGGAGUUGUUGUUUACUGAGGGGGUUGAUGUUACCUGAGGGGAUGGUUUUUACCUGAAGGGAUUGUUGUUAACUAAAGGGGUUGUUAACUGAAGGGAUUGAUGUUAACUGAGGGGGUUGCUGGUAACUUAAUGGGUUGAUGUUAACUAAAGGGGUUGUUGACAGAAGGGAAUGAUUUUAACUGAAGGGGUUGUUGACAGAAGGGAAUGAUUUUAACUUAAGGAGUUGUUGUUAACUAAAGGGGUUGAUGUUAACUGAAGGGUUGAUGUUAACUAAAGGUGUUGUUGACAGAAUGGAUUGAUGUUAACUGAAGGGAUUGAUGUUAACUGAAGGGGUUGCUGUUUACUGAAGGGGCUGCUGUUAACUAGAGGGGCUCCUGGUAACUGAAGGGGUUGCUGGUAACUGAAAGGGUUGGCGGUAACUGAAGGGGUUGUUAACUAUUGAGGUUGUUGUUAACUGGAGGGGUUCUUAACUGAAGGGGUAUGCUGAAGUAAAAUUCUGUUCAAACGAUGGAAUCUCGAUCAAAUGAAUAACAGCAUUUGAACACAGAAGCCUAUCCAGUGCUCUUAGUAUAUCAUUUAUAGCUGUUAAAUUUUUCAACAACAGAUUAUCGAAGACUGUAAAUAAUAGAAUUAUACAUGCUGCACUGCUGUGUUACACAAAAUGUAUAUUUUGUUUAAGAUUGGUAUUUAUGCAGAAGGUGUUAAUAUAUAUUUUUUACAAUUGUAUUGAAAAGGUCACAUUGUCUGCUUCACUCCACACUUAGUUUGAGGGAAGCUGUUGUAUGUUUUAUGUACUGGUGUUUAAAACAAAAAUGAAAAGUGUACUGUAGUAUAUUAUAUGUUUUAUACAUGGAGUCUACUCUUAUAGCAUGUAUGUGUUAAGAAACAAUGCUUGCAUCUUACCUCCGUAGAUGAGGAUUUAAAGAGAGUGGUAACUUUUAUGCAAGCAUUAGCAUCAGCAGAUUUUCACUUAUGAAAUCCAUCUAUAUAUAUGUCCAGUCUUGCAUCUAGAAUGCAUUGUGUAACGGAUGAGGUAGGAUAUGGGCCCAUUUUGUCCCACUGGAAUGUUAAUUUUGUUAAAGUUGGAGAAUAUUUUGAAAUAUUGGUAUGAAAGUUAUCUGACAGUGACAUGUUUCAAGGGUGGACAACUAUCCUUUUUUCUUUCUUACAUAUGCAAGUUUUCUACCUGUGACAUGAUCAAAUACAUAAGAAUGGUUAAAAUGAAAAGGGAUGAGAAAAUCUAUGUUUGAGUAAGUCUGUUACUCAAAAUGAAUUUUUCACCACAUGUUUGUACUGCUUUUAUCAACAUCUCCUAAUAAAGUCAACCGGAGUUACGAAGACUUUCAACAUUUCACAACGGACAUAUAAUCAUACAUUCAUAAUAAUUUCUAAAUCACAGUGGUCAAAAGGGUCCCUUUAUCAUACCUUGUCAUUGAUCGUCUUGCUAAAAUGGUAUUAUCUGACCUCCAUGUCAGAAUGCUGAGAUCUGAUUGGUUCAUGUGAUCUUGAUAAAAUACUCUGUAUCCCGCCUGGGAGGGAAAUAAAUUUCUGAGUGACAGAAUAAGUCCCUUAUACCCCACCACAAGGAAAAACAGUUGCAUGUUGUUACUCAAUAAAAGUUACAUGACACGGCACAAAUUUACCUCACCUCAACCAAAGAGCUGUUUGCUAUCAGUUUUCGGUUUGUUUUAUUUCUUUUAAAAUGGCAGAUUGAAAUAUGUCAGCAUGAUAAAUUCAAUGUACCAGUAUCUCUUGAGGUUUGUCUGUUUUUAUGCAUCCCUCGUUUUAUGCAUCCCUCCUUCUCGUGGUAUAAAACCUGAUGCAUAAACUUAUUAGUCUUAAUUUCAGCUUGUAAUUUCCUAACAGUAGUAGGGCAGUGGGGCAGUCUAGUGGUUAAUGCGUUCGCUCGUCAAGCUGAUUGGCUAGUUUGUAGCAAUUUGUAUCAUUGUUUUCAUUUAUAUUUGUGAAGAGGCAUAUGCAUACCAACAUAAAGUUAUUUCAAUGCAUUGUCACAAAUAACUGAGAGCCGUGGUGGGUAUGAGUAUGUGUGAAGCCAGCGUUAGAAACUGGCACUAGUCCUGUAGCCCUUACCACACUGCCCAAUUGUAAAGGUAUCCUAAGGACUAUUAGGAAUUGGCCCAUUUUAAGGGUUUUGCUAUAUGUUAUCAUUAUAAGGACUAGUGGACAAAAACUGUUAGUUUCUAAACCUGGAAGCCCAUUUCUGCUGUGAUGUUGCAGGAAUAAUGCUUAAACAGUGUAAAACCAUACUCACAGAUAACUGAAGAUGACAUCAUCCAUAUUUCAUCACAUCGCAAACAAUUUUUUGACACGUCUUGUACGUGUGUAAUAGACGAGCUUAGCUGAUGCCUCCACUUGAGAUCUGGAAACCCAUGUUUUUCUACAUUUUAUCCACAAAAAAAGACUAUAGAGAAAACAGAAAAUAACCCAUGAGCUACAAGGAAUAAUGGAUUAUAUGUCCUUCGUGAAUUAAUAUCAAGAGGUACUCACCGAGGCUCAGAACCUAAUUAUUCACUGUGGACAGAUGAUCUAUAUUUCCUCAUAUCUUAUAGGUUAUUUCUCUGAGUAAGGGGCUUCUGGAAUUAGUUACACACAAUUUUAGGUUCCGAAAACUAUGAAACUUAAGCUUUCAUUUUGACAUUUUAGUAACUGAGUGUUAUGUUCUGUCCUGUCUAUCCAGCAUCAUCCUUUACAUCUCCAGGGCUCGCAGUUUGGUAAACCUGCACUAACCCUGGACCCAUCCCCGGGGUUCUCGCAAUCCCAAAUUACCCGCCCUUGAAUUCCAUUUGCCAGUUUGAUUGGCUACGCUACUAGGUCUAACGGACCAAUCAGAAUGUGAGUUAUAAACCAGCCUUAAAGUUGUGUUAACCCAAAAAUAACAUUUGUUACAUCGGAUCACUUUCCAAAUAGCAUUGUGUAUUCAUAGCUUUCGGCCAUGGGAGCCGUGCCAAUUUACACUUCUCAGUGGGGUAAACAAAGUAUGUGAUCCAAACUACCAGUUGUUGGACUUUCAUUUUUGUGGGAGCCUCAGUGGCUGAGUGAGUUAGAUCGCUGACUUUGUGUGCUAUCAAGUGGGUGCCUCACUCUGAGAGUGUGGGUUCGAAUACCAUGGGGAUGGAUCCUGGUGUUAGUGUAGGUUGUCCAAAAUGCUGGCUGGCCUGGAGAUAUAGUGGAUGAACCAAAUAAUGUUCCAAAGUAUUUCUUUCAUUUCAUCAAUGACUUUAUCAAAUGAUUUGUAUUCAACCUCUUUCUAGCGCUAUAUCUGCUUUAGAUGUCAUUAUAAUCCAACCAUAUGAUAAAAGUAAGGCCACAGGGUUCCUGUUGUAAAUCCAUUAAAAUAUAUUGGGCCUUCAGUACUGGAUUUUCCACUCCACUCGGCGAUCAUGGGACAAAGGACACACAAAAGGACAAAAUGGCUUAUAUCAAAUUAAUAGUUGAAUGAUCACGUUACACAUAUUUACCCACAGUUCCAUGUAUCUGACAUGUUGAUGUAUACAAAGACUUCCUCCUCAGAUUACCAGCUGGGGUAAUGACUGGGAGUCAGAUAGUGUUCUGUGAUGUGACUAACAGCAGUUAGAAACAUAGGUGAUCCCGUAAUCUGGAAUGUGGACUUAUCCUGUGAAGGUCCAAUUACUUGUACUGUUUUUGUUUUAUAUGUUUUAUGGUCACUUUAGGACAAAGAAAGGCAUAAUAAAGUAUAUACAGCCAA